AACGAACGCUAUCAACGAACACUUCAAACGUUUAAAGAGGCCAUUUGGAAGAACGUCAUCGUUGCUCUGACAUUUGCAAAUCAAGUGGACCCAACCAGUCCCAGGGCAGACGAAGCCGAGCAUUUCACUAGUGUGUUAGAUGCAAAGAAAAGAUCAAUGCGUGAAUCUUUCAAAAGAGCUGGGCUUGAGGAAGUUUUUGAUCAGUUAUCCCAAUCAUACAUACAUCCGGUCGGAUCUGCAACGAAGUUCAACCUUCCUUCUGGGCAAAACUGGCAGGCUGAAUUCUGGAAGGGCUGUCUGGAUGCCUGUAAACCAGAA